AUGCCAAAUUUGACUCGUAUUAAAGAUAUUAGUCGUACGUUGAAUGUUUUUAAAGAUUCAGAAAAGAAAACACCACAUGAUCUACGUAAACAGUAUUUAAGUACACGUUUAUUUAUUGUUCUAUUCAUGAUUUCUAGUUUCAUUCUAAUUCUCUAUACAUCACUGGAACCAGUAACAUUAACUAAAAGAGUACAACAGCCAAGUUUUGCUGAAUAUACUGAACUUAAUCAAUACUAUACACAGACACUUGUUUGUCCGUGUAAUACAAUUUCAGUUUCAUAUGAAACGUUUAUUUCAUUUCAACCAACUUAUCACCAAAUAUGUCAUUCUGAUUUUGUUAGUGAACAAUGGAUAGAAUAUCUUCAACAACAAAUGUUUGAUUUAUCUCCUAUUAUUACUCGAUUAUUUCAAACGUUAUCAAUGUUUUGUCUCUUGAGUCAACAAACAAUCACAGACGAACUUUUAUCAUUUAAUUUCACAACAUUUAUAACAGGAACACUAAUACCGGAACGAAUUUUUAGUCAACAAGCCCUUGGAUUCAUUAGUACAUUUCAAGAAGGAAUUAAGAGUUCAUUUUCAACAUCAUUAACGUUGAUAACAGAUACAACACAAGCGAACGGAUUUUUGACAGUAUUAGAGACAAAUUACUUGUUAGAUUAUUACUUAGACAGGGGAUUUGAUACUGAAAUUCUCUUCUAUGGAAAUUGUUCCUGUGGUCUAUCGUCGCGGUGUUUGACAGAAAUCGGUAUUUGGUAUAAUAACUCAUAUAUCUUGAAUAUUACCGGUUUAUAUGUGGGUUGUUUUAUAACAGAAGCUCUUCGUCAAUCAAAUCUUGUCUUUUUCUACAAUCAAUCGCUUUUAAAUCAAUUACAAACGGAUUUUCUUCUUGACAAUGAUACAUCUAAUGUAAGUGUAACAGCACUUGAUCCAUCUCUGCCAACUAAUUACACACCUGCAACAACAAUUGGUGAUAUUCUUAAAAUGUUAAUGAUUGAAGACUGGAAUUCUCAUAUAUCAUAUGAAUCCUAUUUUAGUACAUGUCAACCAAUUUCAUGUACAUACAAUAUCAUUGCACAUAACAGCUUCAUUUAUAUUGUUACAACAGCAUUUGGAUUAAUCGGAGGAAUUGCAACUUCUCUGAUGUUUUUGAUUCCCUUGAUCGUCGGAUUCAUUCACCAACGAAAGAAAAUUUCAGCUGUUCCUGAUGAUGAAAUAAACACAGAACCACUAAAUCUAUUUCAAGAUCGUAUUCGUCUACCGUGGUCUCGUAUCAAAAAUAAAAUUUGUACUUUUAACAUCUUUAAAAAUCCAGAAAAGACAACUAAGCAUGAUUUAACCAAUCAAUAUUAUGCUACUCGAUUAUUUAUUCUUUGUCUUACAAUAUCUAUGAUCAUACUUAUCAUUUACACUGCUUUAGCAACUGUUACAAUAACUGUUAAAGUUAAACAACCAACAUCAUCUGUCUUUUUACAGCAGCUCUAUCCAAAAUAUAAUCAAACACUUAAUUGUCCAUGUACACAAAUAUCAACUGAAUACAAAGAAUUUAUAUCAUUUCAACCAACAUUUCAUCAAGUAUGUUCAAGUGACUUUAUCGGUCAGUCAUGGUUAGAUUAUAAUACUGUAAAUCCGACAGUUGCAUCCAUCUCUUUAAUUGAUUUUCGUGCUACAAUGUCCUAUUCAUUUCUAGCAUUAUUAACAUUCUGUGAAUUAUCACUUGAAACAAUUCAGAAUACUCUCUUAGUUUUUAAUUCAUCAACAUUUGUUACAUCAAGUGUCAUAUCGGAAAAUAUAUUUCAGUUGCGAGCUGAUGAAUUUAUUUCAUUAUUUCAAGAGACAACAAUUAAAUCAUUUCAAAAUUCAUUGAAAAUGAUUAGUGAAACAACGCAAGAAAGUCAAUACAAAGUGAACACAACGAUCGGUGAAAUUGUUCAACAAUUAAUGAUUGAACAAUGGAAUGAUCAAAUAUUCUAUGAUCAAUAUUAUUCUACAUGUCAACCAAUUGAAUGUGCUUAUACAUAUCAGAAACAAGCUGACUUAAUCUAUACGAUUACCACCAUUAUUGGCUUAUUAGGUGGAGUUACAACUGUUUUAAAGUUAUUAAUACCAUCGCUCGUUUCAUUUCCUAGACGAGAAAAAGAUCUAGGAGCAGCGACAGAUACAACAUCCCCAUCUCCACAAAUCAUCUAUUCAUCUAGUCAAAAUUUAACUCAGACUGUUAAAGUUAAACGACCAACAUUAUUGAUUUACAAUGAAUUGGAGCAAAAAUAUUCACAAACACUUCAAUGUCCAUGUUCUAAUAUUACAGUUGACUAUCAGAAAUGUGUCUCAUUUCAACCUAAAUAUCAUCAAAUUUGUCAAUCAGACUUUAUUACUAUGCAAUGGAUAAAUAACAUUGGGUAUAAUCUAUCAUUACUUGUCAUAACAAACGAGGAUGAUUUUCGACAAACAGCAAGUGUUGCAUUUCAACUAUUAUCAAAAUUAUGUGAGUUAACUCAAGAAGCAGUUAGUUAUCAGUUAGGUAUCUUUAAUUCAACAAAAUUCAUAUCAGUUAAUGUUAUUUCAAAGGCUUCAUUUGAAUCGCAAGCAGAAAACAGUAUUAAUAUAUUUAAACAAACAACAAUGAAUACAUUUAAAAGAUCAUUACUAUUAAUUCAAAGUACAACACAAGGAAACACGUUAAUGUCUUAUCUAUUAACAGAUGCAAGGUUAAUGGCGUUUCCAGCAGAAUAUAAACCGUCUGAGGAUUAUGUUUUCGAUUAUGAUACCAGUAUAAAUUCUCCUUAUUAUAAUAACUAUUAUUCUUCUUAUGUUUCGAGUAACAUAGCACUUAUUUUUCAUAUACCAGGAAUUUAUGUGGGAUGUUAUAUUGUUGAUGCUCUAUUACAUUCUGAUCUUCGAUGUUUCUAUGAUCAGACAUGCUUAUCGUCAUUACUCAAUGCUAUACAAUAUCCAUUAAAUAACAAUGUUACAAUUCUCAAUUCGUCUUUAACAACUCAGUAUAAUACAACAACAACAGUUGGCGACCUGGUACAAAAUUUAAUGAUUGAGCAAUGGAAUAAUAAAACAGCAUAUGAAUUCUAUUUCAAUACCUGUCAACCACAAUAUUGUACUUAUUCAUAUGUGAGUCGAAGUACACCGGUAUUUAUCAUUACAACAAUCAUUGGUUUAAUUGGUGGACUUACAAAAGUUUACAGACUUUUAGUACCAUUAAUUGUACGUUUGAUUCGUCGAUACAUUUGGUGGCCAUAUAUUGAACAAAAACUAGAGUGGAACAAUAAUACCGUUGCUCCUGUACCGCCAACAGUUUCAAUUUCUCCUGUAACUGUUGGUGAUGAUAAACUUGUAACAAUCUUAGUAUAA